UUAAGAUAAGCAGUUAUACAUUCAAAAUAUUGGUUAAUGCUGUAUUUCAUUAAUUUAUGGAUUAAAUUACCAAAUUUGUGUGCCUAAGAAGUUUCAAAAAUCUUUUAUUUCAAAAAUGUCGGAUGUUAGUGCUGAAAUAUUUAAUUUUCUAAAGAAACAUGAAACAUCUACUCCCGAGACCAAACCUACUGUUAAAAAGUCACUACAACCAGGCAAAAGGAGAUCACCAUCUAAUGAAAAGCGAAAAAGUUCUCUUUCUGGUUCACUUAAAGAUUUGCCUGUCAGUGUCAAAGAAUCUGAUGAAACUGACUCUAAGGAAUCAAACACCGAGCCAUUGGCAAAGAAACAUCCGUCAAUGUUUGAUAAUGAGUUAAUUGCCUCUUUAAGUAAAGAACCUUUGGUUUAUACACACCGUGUGCAAUCAUUCAAGCCUAUGUUUUAUGAGGAAACACUUGAUGAUAAUAAGAUUUACAGUCAUCAGAGGGAAAUGCAUGAAAUAUUAAAAAAUGUACAAGAUGAUUUAAGACAACUGCGUGAGAAGAUUUCCCAAGGAGAUACUGCCAACAUUAACAUACAAGAUUUAGAGAAAGCAUUAUCUAAAACUGAAGAGGGUUUACAGACAAAAACAGAACAGAUAAUUAACCAGUACAAUAAUCAAGUCCAGACUUUACCUUAUGCCACAGCCAGUAGAUUUGACCAGAAUGUAUCUUUAGAAACCACGUUAGAUUUAAGGACACAUAGCAAAGUUGAUGAUGUUAGAAGAAUAUCUGGUCCAGUUUUUCCAAGAGAAAGGAAUGUACACCAACCACAACCACCUUCUGGGUCAGGAGCCUUACUUCCUAAGAGGCAGGCUGUACAAGUGUCUGGUCCUACUCCAGGACAACAGGCUAGACAUGUGCUUACACUGAGGACUGUAUUGAAUCCACAAAACAAAUAUAACAGAGAUUCAUUAAAUGACAACUUUGGUAUAGUGCUACCACUCAUUCAACAGAGAAAUAAAUCAAAGCCAUCAGGAAAGACAGUUUUGGGUUCUACUAUUGAACCAUUAGCAGUAUUACCUAAGGCUAACAGAGUCGACACACAGCUUGCCCCACCAGCUAUAACAGAAGAUGAUGCUAGAAGAGGUAUACUGAGUCUGAUAGAGAGAGGUCUGAUACCUCCUGCUGCCCAGCUGACAUUAGAUCCAUCUCCUGUCAAAAACAAAUUAGUCACUCUUCAUGAUCCCGUGGACAGAAAUAAACCACCUCAACAAGCAGAACCUGUAACCACGCUGGCUGGUGUUCGGUUAGAUGUCAGUACAAAAGGAAGUUCUCAGUCAGAUAAUAUUACCAGGAUGCCUGUUGUGCCACCACAUCCUAAAUCAGCUGGUAGUACAGAGACCAGAACACCAUCAGCCAAGUCGAGGGCUACCACAACCACCAUUCCACUAGUAAAGACUCCUGCUACAAUGAAGACAUAUGAAAUGGUGUACACACAACCAAUGAAUCGUUACUAUGGGCUAGGGACAACACCACAAUUGCCUCCACCUACUACUCCAGCCAGUGGGGACCAAAAGCAGAUUAUGCACAGAUUUGCUAUACAGAAUGGAAAGGUUCGAGACACAUCAGCAGAUUUUAUGGCAUUUAAACAGCAUUACUGCUUGUCUUGGGGCAGUAUUGUUACAAUGAUGGGACAUCUACUAAGAUUACUGAACAAAUAUAUGAUUCCUAUUGCAUUUAUCAAUGGUGACAGACUGGCAGAUUUGGCCUUAGAGUUUGAGUUAGAGAAAGCUCCAUCAAUCAGAGAAAUUCUGUCUGUUGUCAUCAACAGAGAUGAUGUGGAGAAUAUAAUAAACAAACCAGGAAGACAAUAUAGAAGUUCAUCAGGACAGGAUAUUGCAGCCACUAGAAUACAAUCAGCAUGGAGAAUGUUUAGGGACAGAUCAGAGUAUCUGGAAUAUAGGAGAAAGAAAUGGGCAGCUGGUGUCAUUGCCAUCUCAUGGAUCAUGCAUAUUAAAAUGUCUAAAGUCAGGGAACAACUUCACCAAACGAGAGAUGAUAAUCUUGAGGCCUUCAGAAGAAGGGCAAAGAAAUUUGCAAUGUCAUGGGAUCGCAUCAAGAAUUCUAGAAGAGUUAUUAUACACAUUCCUUCUCUUGGUUUGUCACAAGAUAUCAGAGAUAAUAUUAAUGACUUUGCAAUCAGACAAAAUACACAAAUGGCUCGGCUGUGUGAUAUAAGAGAUCCCAAUGUAGAUGUAAUUUAUGUAUCUCCUGUCCCCAUACACGAUGAGACAGAGCAGUAUUAUUCCAAACUUCUUGGUCUAAGGCAUGCGGUAGAUAGUGGAGAAGUGGAGGACCAAGCUAAUAUGGGGGAGAGAUAUCAUGUUAUCAUGCCAGAGGCUAUAAAUAGCUUCCAGGGUCACAGAUUUUGUUUGUCAUCACUUCUGAAAUACAGUCCUAGAGCUUUAAGAAGAAUAAAAACAUUAAUUAAAGGAAGAGAGGCUUACAUAGUAACUGGGGUACCACACAAGGAUGACUUAGCUAUAGCAGACUUUUUAGAUGUUCCUAUCUUGGCUCCAGAGCCUGAAGUAGCACAUCUCUACUCCACUAAAUCAGGGUGUAAACGUAUCUUUGCCAGUGCCAAUGUAGAAAUGCCUCCUAGUGAAUAUGAUGUAUAUAGUCUUGGUCAGUUACAUGAAAGUUUAGCCCAGUUAGUUACAGAAAAUCUGACAGUACGUAGAUGGUUGUUUAAAUUAGAUGAUGAGUUUGAUGGACGAGGGAUAGCGUAUUGUGAUAUUGCAGACCAUUUACAGUGUUAUCCAUGGGCAUUGAAGGAAUCCAGACGAUAUGGUGAUAAAUGGGACCGUAAAUGGGCUCAGGAAGCUGCUUAUAUAAAAAUACAUGCAGAAAUACCAGAGGUGCUAGCUACACAUGCAAAACCAGUUAAUACAAAAUUAUAUCCUACAUGGGAUUCUUUCCUCGAUGCAUUUCUUAGUCAAGGUGGAGUGAUAGAAGCUUGUCCUCCAUCAGAUACAACAACAACUAUAUCAGUAGAUAUGUUAAUAGAACCAACAGGAAAAUACAAUAUAGUAUGUCUUGGUGAUCAGAUUCAUGCAGACACACCCUUCAGUUGCUGGGGUGUGUCCAUACCACAGUCUUCUAUAGAACCUGAUGAUUUAAACAUUGCUUGUAAAAGAGUGGCUGAAGCAUGUAAAUCCAGGGGAAUUCUGGGACAUUUCUGUGUUGACUUUAUCACAUUUAUUGAUCCUAAAACAGAGACCCAGAAGUUAUGGGCCUUGGACCUAAGUUUACAUUAUAGUGACAGUCUGUCUAUGUAUCAAUUAAUGCAGUAUGUCAGUAAUGGUGCUCUAGAUACUUCUACUCAUGAAUUCAAUGUUCCUGCUCCUAAAUCAGAUAAUACAAAACGACGGAGGAGGAGGCUAGCUGGAGAAAAAGAAGAGGCCCCACCAAACACAAGUAGAUAUGGAGUGAUGAGUACAAAGUUAUUACAUACAAACUUAGCAGUGGUACAUUACAGUGUGUUCUUCCAGAUGUGUAGAGCUCAUGGUAUAGGCUAUGAUAUUAAGGAAAAACAAGGCACAGUGUUCACAUUGAUUGAUAAUACAAAGAGAGAAAGAUUAGGAAUGCUAACAAUAGGUGAUGACCUGAAGUCAUCUCUAGCUAACUUUGCCAGGAACUUGUCAACUAUACAUCAUGAGAUAUCAGCACCAAACAUGCAGGGUGAAACUAAUUUCAAGUAUGGAUACUGUUUGGAACAUCCUGAAGCUAUUGCUCAUUCAGAAGCAAUAAAGAGUGCUAUAAAGGAUGUUGAAGCAAUCUUGAACAUUACAAUUGAAAAUGCUGAGGAAUAUGAAGAAAUACAGAAUAAAACAUCAUGAGUAAUGACAGAACUAUAGUAAAUUGCAAUAUUCAUCAAUAAGUGAGAAAUAUACCAGGAAUGUGUAUUAUAUGUCUUUUUGUAACAAUUACUUGUUUCAGUUGAAAGAUGGAAAGAAAUAAUGUAGAAUUCAUUCUCAUUGUUCUAAUAUACCAGCAUUUAUAAAAUGUUAAGUACUGUACUUGCAUUUGAUAGUUUUAAUAUUGUAAAUCUAAUCAGGGUUUAAUCAUUUUAAAAUACAGUUUGUCCUUGUCAAUAAUGUGUAUUCAUCUAACAACUUUCCCUGUAUGUUACAAUUUUAUUUGUUAUAUCUGUGAUAUAUUUAAGAAUUCUGUGAUAAAAAAUACUUUUAUUUUUACAAUAUAAUGUUAAGUCUUUAUCCGUCCAGGUUGAAUCUUAAUUCUUUAAAUUUUAUACAUAUAUACUAAUUCCAACAUUAGAUAUCAUAUUUUUAUGAUGGGUUGCGGUCUCAUCGGUGUAAUAUAAUUCCAUUCUGUCUAACUUUCAGUCCCUGUACAAUCGUAGAGAUUAAAAUAAGUUUUGAAAGUAAAGAUUGAAUUGGUAAUCUGAAUUUCAAACUUUUCUGUUACUUAGCAAUUGUAGAGACAUGACAGUUAUUACAGUUUAAUAACCCACUAUCAGUAUCUUAUUUAAAAGUUUUCCUUAAGGUAUAUUUUAUGUUCACCAUUGCUAAUGUUAGUAAUCUUUAGGUACAUUACGGUGUUCCUAAUUAUUUUAUGCCUUGUUAUGUUUAAAUGUAUUAUUUUCAUUUUUUCUGCACUUGAAUCAAAAUCAGCAAUGCACAAUGUAGAUAAUUUAUGUAAAAAAUUAUCAGUGUUAUACUUAUACAAAGCAUUUUCUAUGAUUCUACAGAUUAAUUUAUCAUUGAACAUUGUUUAAAAUCUUUAUCUCACUAUUGUACAUAUUGGGCACAUUUCUAGUCAUAAUGUGUGUGUCUGUCUGCACGACUAAUAUAAUGGUUAUCAUGAUGUAUUGAAGUGCAUUUAUUUAUUUAACCUCGAAAGGUGCUGCAAUGAUAUACUUUAGGCCUGUAUUGUAUUUAUAUGUUUAAUUGAAUUAUUUAUAAAUAGGUAAGUGGAGGUAAGAACAGUGAUUGUAUUAAAAUAAUAUUUUACUUGGAAUCAGGUUUUCAUAGAUGAACAUAAACAAAUUAUAAACUAAUAAGUUUCUCUUUAAAUAGCUUUUAUUUUUUAUGUUUUAUAUUUUAAUCAAUACAACUACAAAUAAAAGAGAAGUAUUUACUUAUACAGCUCCAUUAAAAAGUAGAGGUCAAGGUCUGGUACGGGGCCCUUUGUAUGUUAAUAGUAAUAAUUUCUAGGUUUUGGUUAAUAAUAUGAUAAAACAAUUUGAUAUAAACAUUUAUGUUGUAAUUAUGUAACAAUGUUGCAUUAGUCUAUUUGGUCUAAGGUGUUUGAAAGAGCAGAUUCUGAUGUCAAAAAUAUAAAUUUUCUGCAUUUUCUGGCAAAAUGACAAAUUUAGAAGGUCUUAUGAAAGGUUAAAAAAUAUGAAACAGAGAAGUGUAAUCAAAUCUUUGGUCAUUUUUAUGCCCCAGCUGUAGGUGACUGGGGCAUUAAAAGUGUUACCCUUGACUGUCCGUCUUUCCAGUCCUUUCAUCUUUCUGUCAUUCUGUCUUUCCAUUCGUGCCAUUUUCGUUUGUUUGAAGCUUGAGCGGGGGAAUUUGUGUCCGCAGACACAUUCUUAUUUUAUUUUUUAUAAUUUUAAUACUUAUAAAUACUUCACAGAUGAAUGAUUAAUUUCUGCAAAUUGAGGGACCAAAAAGGCCACUUAAACCUUGUCUUUUGGUGUUUGUACUGUUCCAGUAAAUUGUUUCUUUACAUUUUAUUUUAUAUAUUUUUUUUAAAUCAAUAUUUGUAUUCUGUGAUUAAUUACGUUUAACUGUUUAUUGUUAUGUUAUUUUAUUAAUUUAAACCUUGUAUUAUCUUAUUUUACUUUUAUUAAGUAAAAUAAAAUCUUUGGAUGUCAUGGAUCAAAACAUAUAUAAUAUAAAAAGAGAUUAUGAAAAACUUU